AUGUUUUCUUUCUUUCUUUCUUUUUUCUUAAUGUUUUCUUUCUUUCUUUCCUUCUUUCUUAAUGUUUUCUUUCUUUCUUACUUUCUUUCUUUCUUAAUGUUUUCUUUCUUUUUCUUUCUUUCUUUCUUUCUUUCUUUCUUUCUUUCUUUCUUUCUUUCUUUCUUUCUUUUCCUCUCUCAGGUGUGCUACUCCCUCGCUUAUUCUUUCCUUAUUAUACUCAUUUUCAGUCUCUAUCUUUCCUCCAUUCCAUCUUUUCUUCCAUUCCCCCCUUCAUUCCUUCAAAUUCAACAUGCUUCUUUUUAUCUUCAUCCUUUUCGGCUUUCUCCCUAUUUUAGAAUUCACUGCAGAUUUUUUUUCUUUUCUUUUGGCUACUCUGCUUUAUUUUUUUCUGCAUCCUUUCCUUGGUCACUUCUAGUUUCCAUUUGUCAGUCUUUGCUUCUUUCUUCACUUUUUUCGUUGUCUGUUUUCUUUCUUUUCUUUGAGUCCACUUUUUCCUUUGUCUUUUUCUCUUCUGUAUUUACUUCGCCAUUUUUCAUUUUCUGUCUUUGUUCUCUCUUCUUACUGCUUUCCAUGUUUUCUUUUUCUUUAUUCUUUCAUUGGUAUUUUCCUUCCGUCUUUUCCUUUCAUUUUCCCCUUUCUUCUUCUUCUUCUUCUUCUUCUUCUUCUUCUUCUUCUUCUUCUUCUUCUUCUUCUUCUUCUUCUUCACCCUUUGUUCUCUCCAUUCAUUGGCCACUCCCUUGGUCUCCUUCUUCCUCUGUGUUAUCUCUCUUCUACUUUUUCUUUGUCUCCUUUUUCCUUAAUUGCUUCUCUCUUCCUCCCCUCUUUCUAACCCUCGACAUUUUCUUCACUCCGAUGACCAUCUGCUUCCCAAUUAGUGUUUCGUCUCUCGUACGAUUCUCGAAACGUUCCUGCAAUCGUUUCCCUUGCAAUUAA